GCGUCACAUGCGCCACGACGGUCAGGACAGAAAGCGCUGCUCACUUUCUUUUCACGGCCCACUGCCCACUCCCACCGGCGAGCGAGAGUGAGACUGAGAGCUGCUCGCUCGGUACCAGCGGCCUAGUAGCUCAGAUGAUGGCGCCGCCGCCGCGGCUGCUGCUGCUGGCCGCCGCCGCGCUGCUCGGAUGCGCGCGCGCCGCGACGGACACGGGCGGGCUGAGCCGCGCGUCGUUCCCCAAGGGCUUCGUCUUCGGGACGGCCACCUCGGCCUUCCAGGUCGAGGGCGCGGCCACCGCCGGCGGCCGCGGGCCCUCCAUCUGGGACCCCUUCGUCCACACCCCCGGGAACAUUGCCGAGAACGCGAAUGCAGAUGUCGCCACGGAUGAGUACCAUCGCUACAAGGAGGAUGUUGAUCUCCUGAAAAGCCUGAAUUUCGACGCGUAUCGGUUUUCAAUCUCAUGGUCCAGGAUCUUCCCAGAUGGGGAGGGGAAGGUCAACAAAGAAGGUGUAACGUAUUACAACAAUCUGAUAGACUACAUCCUUAAGCAAGGGCUCACCCCUUAUGUCAAUCUCAACCACUAUGAUAUCCCUCUUGCGCUUCAGAAGAAGUAUGAUGGCUUUUUAAGCCCAAAGAUCGCGAACAUAUUUGCGGACUAUGCUGAAUUUUGUUUCAAGACUUAUGGUGAUCGAAUUAAGAACUGGUUCACAUUCAAUGAGCCAAGGAUAGUGGCAGCACUUGGCUUUGAUACUGGAACGAAUCCCCCUAACAGGUGCACCAAAUGCGCUGCCGGUGGGAACUCAGCAACAGAGCCUUACACUGUUGUUCAUAACAUUCUCUUAUCUCAUGCUACCGCAGUUGCGAGAUACCGCAACAAGUACCAGGCAAGUCAGAAAGGCAAAGUUGGGAUAGUUCUGGACUUCAACUGGUAUGAAGCUGCUACCAACUCACCCGCCGACCAAGCAGCAGCUCAAAGGGCUAGGGACUUCCAUGUUGGUUGGUUUCUUGAUCCACUACUGAAUGGUCAAUACCCGAAGACCAUGCAAGAUAUUGUAAAAGAGAGGUUACCUAGUUUCACACCUGAACAAUCCAAGUUAGUCAAGGGCUCUGUAGAUUAUAUUGGGAUAAAUCAGUACACAGCGACCUACAUGGCGGACCAACCAACGCCCCAGCAACCACCAACAAGCUACUCAUCAGACUGGCAUGUUCAAUAUAUAUUUCAGCGAAAUGGCGUACCGAUUGGACAGAAGGCGAACUCCAAUUGGCUUUACAUCGUGCCGACGGGCAUGUACGGAUGUGUGAACUACAUAAGGGAGAAGUACAACAACCCGACGAUCAUCAUAUCCGAAAACGGAAUGGACCAACCCGCGAACCUGACCCGCGAGGAGUUCCUGCACGACGCCUCCAGGGUCGAGUUCUACAAGACGUACCUCGCGGAGCUGAAGAAGGCGAUCGACGACGGCGCGAACGUGGUCGGCUACUUUGCGUGGUCGCUCCUCGACAACUUCGAGUGGCUGUCGGGCUACACCUCCAAGUUCGGCAUCGUGUACGUCGACUUCACCACCCUCAAGCGGUACCCCAAGGACUCGGCCUACUGGUUCAAGAAGAUGCUGCAGGCGUCGGGGCCCGGCUCCUCGAAAGACGGCACGGUUACUUCCGGCGGCACUCAGGCUGGCUCCGGCGUGUCAGGCAGCAACAUGGCAGCAGCUGGUGGUUCGGCCACCUCGAGCAGCCCCCGGGUUCUGCUCUCCCUGCUGGUUUGCUUGUAUCUGCUUCUUCCCUCCAUCUUCAUGCUCUCCUUCUAGUGGUGAGUUUAUUUUCUCUUGCUGUGGCAGCUAGCUAGCAGUACUUGAUAAGCAGUGGACGCCAGCAGCAUAUUGUCUGUGAAAAUGUGCUGCAGCGUAGAGUGUAUUGGAACAACCUUGCGCAGUUUCACACUAUUGUUUGCGUGCACCCAGAUCUGUGGGUUUACACGGAUUGAAAUUGAGCCGCGGCUGCCACUUUGGUGA